GCUGUCUGUCCAUCUUCAGCCUCCGCCAGCUUCCGGCCCUGGGAAGGCGUGGAUGGAACCCUUCCUUGGAAUAUCUUUCCGUUACCCCAUCCAGGAUUGUGAGUUUGCCACAAGCAAGUUGGACCCUUCACAAGAAAUAGCUUGACCUGAUGACAGGGAUGGAAGAGCCGACAGGAGUAGAAAGCCAGAGCCCGCUCCCAAGCCCCCAUCAGGGCUCUCUGAGGAAGGUUGUGGCUGCUGCCUUGGCCCUAGAUGGGGAAUCCACAAUAGGUCGCAGGAGAAAGAAGAAGAAGGAGUCCCGCCCAGAAUCCAUCAUCAUCUUCCGGUCAGUGAGUGAGAAAUUGGAUGAGGAGCCAGGGGAAUCGGAAGGUGGAGACCAACCUAAAGAAGGGGAGGGAGAUGAUUUCCUGGACUAUCCUGAGGAUGAUGGUAUGUGGAACAUGCCUUUGGAUAGCCACUAUGUCACAUUAACUGGAACCAUCACACGAGGAAAGAAAAAGGGUCAGAUGGUGGACAUCCAUGUCACAUUGACAGAGAAGGAGCUGCAGGAAUUGACCAAGCGUAAAGAGAUGUCAAGGGAAACAACACCAGAAGGAAGAAAGGCCUGCCAGAUGGGAGCAGACCGAGGGCCCCAUGUGGUCCUCUGGACACUGGUCUGCCUGCCUGUGGUUUUUGUCCUCUCUUUUAUUGUCUCUUUCUACUAUGGCACCAUCACCUGGUACAACAUCUUCCUUGUGUACAAUGAAGAGAGGACCUUCUGGCACAAGAUCUCAUGUUGCCCCUGCCUCAUUCUCUUCUAUCCAGUGCUCAUUGUGGCCAUGGCCUCUUCCCUAGGCCUCUAUGCUGCUGUGGUCCAGCUGUCAUGGUCCUGGGAAGCAUGGUGGCAAGCUGCUCGGGACAUGGAGAAAGGCUUCUGUGGCUGGCUCUGCAGCAAGCUGGAUCUGGAGGACUGCUCUCCGUACAGCAUUGUGGAGCUGCUUGAGUCUGACAAUAUCUCGGGCAAUCUCUCCAACAAGGACUCCACCCAGGAAGUAGAAACCUCCACUGUCUGAACUCCCAACAACUUACUUCUUUCUCUAGUUUUAGUAACCUUUAUAUCAUAUUCCAAUUCCAGAGGAUUCAUUCUUUAAAUCAUCCCCUGUCCCCCACAUUUCUGGAAAGUCCUAGCCCACAUUGGUUUGUCCUAUCAUCUUUAUAGUUCCAGGAGAGCAGGGAAUAGAAAUUUGUGUCAAAGCAAUCCAUCCUGUGGAUAAACUAUUCUUCAUUUCCUGCUCUAAAGGACAUGGAGCUUGGCUGUGUAUCAUGGAGGAGCAUGGAGGAGUUAUUAGUACCUGGAACCCAAGAGAAUAUCUGCCUAUUGUGACAGGAAGAAUAAGAAGGCUCAAAGGAGACCAAGGACACCAAUAAGAUAAUAGGGAUGGAGUGAAACAUUUUGGAAGCAGGGUUGCCACAGUACAGCAGAAUGUAAUGACUUGUGUAUAUCAGUUAGAUGUAGAUUUAGCUGCAUACGAUUAAAGCCCUAAAAUAUCAGUGGUUUACAUAAGAUAGAAGUUUAUUUCUCUCUUAUACAGAAGAAGUCUGGUGGAAGACUGUGCAGAGACCUGGGGGAGUCAUUAGCUUCUUCUGUUCCUCUCCUUUUAGUAGGAUAUGGCGCUUAUGGCCUUUAUCCUCAACAUCCCAGAUGCUGACCACAUCUCAGGCCAUCACAUCGAUGUUUCUGCCAGCAGAAUAGAAGAAGGGGCAAAGAAGAGCACCCCCAUCCAGUUUAAGGAGACUUCCUAGGGGUCCUAUUCAAUACUACUUCUUUUAUCUCUUCAACCAGACCUUAGUCCCAUGCCCUCACAUGCAAAAGAGACUGGAAAAUGCAGUCUUUGGGCUGGGAAGCUAUAUUCUCAGCUAAAUACUGGGGCUAUGCUGAUUUGAGAGAAAAGAGAAGAAUGACUUUUUUGGUAGGCAAGUAAGAUCUCUGCCUCACAGUGAUUAUUUAAAUGCAGUUAAUCUCAAACUAUUAAUAUAAUUUUAUCUAUCUAUUUAUUUAUUUAUUUUGGCCUGAAUUUUACACAGAGAGAAUUUACACAUAGAUAUUAGUUAAGAAGCACCUUGUAUACCUUGCAAUUAAACUUCUUUAAUGUCACGUGGUUUCAGGGUUAUUUGGAAAGGAACAGUGGGCAGGAGAGAACAAUUAUGUAUUAGCAACAUAACUUUUUCAUGGUGGUGGAGAUGGCCGGAGGUGGUGAUAUUUAAUCUAAUCAGUAGAUUAAACACUAUGAGGGGAGAGAACGUAUCUGCCAAAUUACCCCCAAUAGAGAUCAGUAACCCUCAGCACAAAGAAGGCAGAUUUAGCCUUCUGUGAUUGGGCAAAACCUCACUCAGAGCCUCACUCACUUGGACCUUUCAGAGUUGAAUAACAAAUGCAAUCUUUGGUGUUCUGAGAAGCUCGUGUUUUCCUGGCCACUAGGGGCUGUAAAUCACAUUAAUAGCUUCUGAACUAUUGAUUUUUAAAGUCUCACUCCUAGGGGUCUCCUUCUAAUUUCAAAAAAUCUAAUCCUUGGAGGUCAAGCAAACUUUGGAAGUUUGAGUCCUUGCAAAAAUAGCUGAUACUCAUUUCAUGUUCAUGUCUCAGAAGUGAGCUAUUGAAAGAACUGCUGUGAACCAAACCAGAGGGUCGGUUGUGCUCCCCCACAACAGGCCAAAAGCAUUUGUUCUUAUGUAUGGUGCUGAACUCCACCUUAAGAGGUGUGCUCUCUCUUUCUUUCUCUCUUCUAAUUAUUGUUAGUCUGAUGAGGGGAAAAAAAUCUGCCCAGCAUUUUUGAAGAUAAACUUGGUGCUCUCUGGUGCUUUUACAGAGAUAUAAACAAUUGUAAUGAAAAC